AUGGCUUCCAACAGUCUCAUCACUCUCAUCACAGGAGGCAACUCCGGCAUAGGCAAAUCUCUCGCCGGCCUUCUCGUCGCCGACGCCAACCGCCACGUCAUUAUCACCAGCCGUUCCAUCGACAAAGGCAAUGCCGCAGUCGAGGAGAUUAAAGGCCUCAAGCAACCAGGCAAGAUCGAGAUGGUGCAACUUGACCUCACCGUGCCCUCCUCCAUCACCGCUCUCGCCAAGGACAUCGAAACCAGAUACGGCCGCCUCGACGCCCUCGUCAACAACGCCGCCAUCGCCGACUUCCCUCCCAACACUCCAUUACCAGAACGCAUGGAAACAUCCUUCAAGGCCAACGUCACCGGCCCGCUCCUCAUGCUCGAAGCCUUCUGGCCCCUCCUCAUGAAAUCCACCACGACCCCGCGCAUCAUCAACCACAGUUCCGGCGCCGGCUCCAUGCAAAUCGUGAAGAACAUGCCCGACUGGGCCUUUGGCGAAGUGCCGAUCCCGUAUUUCUCCAGCAAAGCCGCGCUGAACAUGGUGAGUUGCAGCUGGAUGCUUGGGCACAGAGGGGAGGAUUACAAGAUGUUUACGUAUUGUCCUGGGUUCACGGAGUCGAAUCUCGGACCGCAUAAUAAGUUGGCGAAUGGGGCGAAGCCGGUUGUGGAGGGCGCGAGGCCGAUGGUGGCGAUUUUGGAUGGGGAGAAGGAUGCGGAGCAUGGGGGGUUCUUGAACCACGAGGGGGGACAGCAUCCGUGGUGA